AACAUUAUCUGUGUCAUUCAGGGAUACAAGGUGAUGUUCCUGAUGACGUUGUCUACACUGAGUUACACAAAGAUAUAAAACUAGGGGACAGAGCAGUCCUGCCAUGCCAGUUUAGAGGUUCACCAUUGGCUGUCUAUUGGAAGAAAGGAUAUGAUCCCAGACGAUCACCAAACCUUGUAUCAUGGAUCCCAACUGAAGACGCUACCGGUAAAUGCUUACGUCAAAGUGUAUGUGACAUCAUGGAAAUGAAUGAAAAUUAUUCUUUGAUCAUCAAGGAUGUCAGCAUUUCUGAACAAGGUCGAUACAUCUGCAAAGUUUCGAACUACAAGGGGAACGUCAUCUACAACUAUACUGAUAUCAGCUUAUAUGCUCCCCCGAAAGAACCUUAUCCAGUUAUUGGAGGGUGUACCAAUAAUGUGUCAUCGGUCAGCAACCCAGAGCCUUGCCAUGUCCUAACCAAGAAAACUAUUACCUUAAACUGCUCGGUGACUAGUUACUACCCCAAUAUAGAACUGUUCUUCCUGCAUGGAACUAAACAGAUAACUACCAUAUAUCAGGAGGAGCAAACUAAUGUUGAUUCAACUAAAAACAUAUUGAUUUCCAUCGAAGCUGACCCAAGUGAAACUUCAUACACAUGUGUUGCGUCAGAUGUACCCGGGUCGAGAGAACGGAAAGCCGCAUCGAUCUUGGUGGGAUCAAAUCCCUCAGAAACAAUACCAGUAACUGAUGAGACCAUGAAAGAAAGAGGUCCGGGUACCAGAGCAUUGAUGAUUGUUAUUCCGAUAGUGCUCCUUGGGACUGCAGUGGUUUUCAUUUGGUGGAUAUGGACACAUCGUCGGCAUACCUACAAUGGUGGCACACAAGGUUUCAUCGUCUUGUGGUUCUUGGAUAUUAGACGAUACAACUUGAACAAUAGCAAGCAGCUUCAUAUAGCUAUAUUGCUUUUAUUUCUCCACUUCCUGGAGUUCUAUGGUUCUGUUUUCAGCCGUGUUGGUCUGGAUCCUGCAGCUUAG